UGUAUAGCAACAAACAUGAUAUUUCAGCAGCCUCAGUUCAGUCCUGUGAUAGCAGUGAGCUCAAACCAGUGGAGCACUGGAAUCUGUGGAUGCUUUGAUGACUGCAAUGUCUGCUGCUUCGGCAUAUGGUGCCCCUUCUGCUUCAUUUGUUCCACAGCAUCAGAUUUUGGGGAGUUUUUCUGUCUGCCCCUGAUUGACAAUUGUGCCUGCACCCCUCCGGUAUCUAUGGCACUGCGGGCUUCUGUGAGAAAUCGAUAUGGCAUACAGGGUGGGUUGGCAUCCGACUGCAUGUAUGUGACCUUUUGCAACAUUUGCUCCUGGUGCCAAAUAGCAAGGGAAUUAAAAAGACGACAUACAGUUCACAUGGUGCUUAAUGCUCAGCCUGCGGUCUUAGCCAUUCCACCAGUGGUUUCUGCCCCAAAACCUGUUGUGACAACACAGGUAACAACAACAGUGGGAUAACUUAUGAUCUCAUCAGAUUAAUCCACUGUGGAAGUUGGUUGAGAUUUUGGAGUUGGACAUUGACUCUGGAGACCAUAUAUCAACAUGUACAUACGUACAUAAUCAUAUGUAGAGCUGCACACAUAUUCACUAUAUUCAUUUCAUUUAUAAGCAAAUUUGCUGUUUGGUCAGGACAAGGCGGCACCCAUAGAAGUUUGCAAAAUAUGAGAAAUCAUUAAGAUGCAAUUCUCAGUGAGUUCCAAAUAUAACAUUAGUAUUCCCAGAGGCAGAAAGUUUUUGUACCAGGUAAAAUGAACUAUAGAAAGUAACAGAGGAAAGAGGAAGCUGUGGCUUUGUGAUAAAGUCCAUGAGUCAUUGCCUGGUGCACCAAUUACACCUGCCUUUGUUGCUUUUGGCAGCUUGCCUCCUCUUUUAAACUUCUCACCACAGCAAACAAACCUGAAUGCUUGAGAUCUUUCCAAGAUAAGUCAUCUACAAGUUGUUUGUAUGUGUCUUAAUUAAAUGA